GUGAUCGUGGUCGGCGGAGGCCUCGCCGGCAUGUCUGCCGCGAACACGGUCAUCGAGUUGGGUGGCCGCAGUCUGCUGCUGGACAAGUCCUCCUUCUGCGGCGGCAACAGCACAAAGGCCACCAGUGGCAUCAACGGUGCUGGCACGAAGACGCAGAAGGGCAAGUCUAUCCCGGACAACGCCGAGAUCUUCAUCGCGGACACCCUGAAGGGUGGCGCCAAGAAGCCGGAGCUCGCCAAGGUUUUGUGUGCCAACAGCGCCGCGGAUGUGGAUUGGCUCGUGGACAAGUUUGACUUGGAUCUAUCCCUGGUCGCCCGACUCGGCGGCCAUUCUCAGCCCAGGACGCACCGCGGGAAGGCCAUCGGUGCUGCGACCAUCGACUUGGAGUGGGUUCAGGUGCACCCGACUGGUCUCGUGAAGCCGGAUGACCCCGAUGCCAAAGUCAAGUUCCUGGCGGCAGAGGCCCUCCGUGGUGUGGGUGGCAUUGUGUUGGAUGCGAACGGCGACCGCUUCUGCAAUGAGUUGGGCCGCCGCGACUACGUGACGGGUGAGAUGUGGAAGAACAAGCCGCCCUUCCGCCUUUGCCUGAACCGGGCGGCAGCUGACGAGAUCAUCUGGCAUGCGAAGCACUACACCGGACGUGGCGUCAUGAAGUUCUACGCGACAGGUGAAGACCUCGCCAAGGACAUGGGCGUCCCCUUGCAGAAGCUCGUCGAUGCGCACCAGAAGCACUUCGAAGCUGCCAAGAAGCAGGAGAAGGACCCCGAUGGCGGCCCCUUUCCGGCCUACCCAUCGGGCAAGACUUGGGACGAGCCCAGCGGCAAGACCGGCAGCGGAAAGAAGUUCUUCCACAACAUCAUCGACGGAUCCAAGGUGCCAACCGAGCCCUUCUACGUUGCCAUCAUCACCCCUGUGAUCCACUACUGCAUGGGUGGCUUGGAGUGCACCGUCGACGCCGAGUGCAUCGACAAGAAGACCGGCAAGCCCGUCCCUGGCCUCUACGUGGCGGGGGAGGCAGCAGGCGGCAUCCACGGCAACAACCGCCUGGGAGGCAACUCCCUCUUGGACUGCGUGGUCUUCGGCCGCGUGGCCGGGAAGGCUGCCUGCAAGUUCACCUUCGGUGCCGGCGAGAAGUUCAAGCCCUGCCCAAUCCCCAAAGAGCUCAAGGAGCUCUCCAAGUGA